CGCGGUUUGGGUUGGGCGAGGGCGGGGAAAGCGCGCGCCCUUGCUCCUGUUACCUUGCGAGCGCGCUCCCGCGGCCGAGGAGCCGUCAGUGCGCGGUGAUCGCCGGGAGCAGCGGACGUCUCCGGGCAGCGGUGGUAUUUCCCAGUCCAGCACAACAUGGCGUUCAGUAAAGGAUACCGGAUCUUCCACAAGCUGGAUCCGCCUCCGUUCAGCCUCAUUGUGGAGGCCCGAAACAAGGAGGAAUGUCUGAUGUUUGAGUCCGGAGCGGUGGCCGUUCUGUCGUCUGCGGAAAAGGAAGUCAUUAAGAGCACGUACAGUAAAGUCAUGGACGCCUACGGCCUCCUGGGAGUUCUCCGGUUAAAUCUCGGGGAAACCAUGUCCUAUUACGUGGUGGUCGUCACGGGGUGUAUGUCUGUAGGAAAGAUUCAGGACUCAGAAGUGUUCCGGGUCACCUCCACAGAGUUCAUCUCUUUAAGAAUGGACCCGACAGACGAAGAUCGGAUAUCUGAAGUCCGCAAGGUCCUAAACUCCGGCAGUUUUUACUUUGCGUGGUCUUCUACAGGUGUCAGUCUGGACCUCAGCCUCAAUGCUCACCGGAGUACACAGGAACAAAGAACAGACAACCGCUUCUUCUGGAACCAGUCUCUGCACCUGCACCUGAAGCACUAUGGGGUGAAUUGUGACGAAUGGCUGCUGCGCCUCAUGUGCGGGGGAGUGGAGAUUCGGACUAUUUAUGCCGCUCACAAGCAGGCCAAGGCUUGUAUCAUCUCCCGUCUCAGCUGUGAGCGAGCUGGGACCAGGUUCAAUGUACGGGGCACGAACGAUAAUGGACAAGUGGCGAAUUUUGUUGAAACCGAGCAGGUGAUCUACCUCGAUGACUACGUGUCGUCAUUUAUACAAAUAAGGGGGUCAGUGCCGCUGUUUUGGGAGCAGCCCGGUUUGCAGGUUGGAUCUCACCGUGUAAGGAUGUCCAGAGGCUUUGAGGCCAAUGCUCCAGCAUUUGACAGGCAUUUUCAAACACUAAAGAGACUUUAUGGCCGGCAAGUGGUUGUCAAUCUUCUCGGGUCCAAGGAGGGAGAAACCAUGCUUAGCAAAGCCUUUCAGAGUCAUCUGAAGGCAUCAGAGCAUGUGUCCGAUAUCCUGAUGAUAAAUUUUGACUACCAUCAGAUGGUUCGAGGAGGCAAAGCUGAGAAACUCCACAGCAUCCUAAAGCCCAAAUUAGCCAGUUUCCUGGAGGAUUGCGGCUUUUUUUCCAUGGAUAAAGAUGGAGUUCACAGAACCCAGAGGGGCAGCAUAAGGACCAACUGCUUGGACUGUCUGGACAGAACCAAUAGCGUCCAAGCUUUCCUUGGGCUUGAGAUGCUCUUAAAACAGCUGGAAGUCCUCGGUCUAGCAGAGAAGCCACAGCUGGUCACCCGCUUCCAGGAAGUUUUCCGCUCCAUGUGGUCCACAAACGGAGACUCCAUUAGUAAAAUAUACGCCGGCACUGGGGCUCUGGAGGGAAAAGCCAAGGGUGGAAAGUUGAAAGACGGAGCGCGUUCUGUUACUAGGACCAUACAGAGCAAUUUUUUUGAUGGCUCGAAACAAGAAGCAAUUGACGUGCUGCUGCUAGGAAACACCUUAAACAGUGACUUGGCUGAUAAAGCGCGAGCUCUUCUGACCACUGGAAGCUUACAUGUAUCUGAGCUCAUGGUACAAUCAGCGUCUCCGAGAGUAUUACGGAGCAUGUGUGAGAACUAUUACAGGUACGCCAAGCCCAGGAAAAUCCGGAUCUGUGUAGGGACCUGGAAUGUGAAUGGCGGGAAGCAGUUCCGAAGCAUCGCAUUUAAGAAUCAGACGCUGACUGAUUGGCUGCUGGAUGCUCCUAAAAUUGCCGGAGUUCCUGAGUUCCAAGAUAGAAGAAGCAGGCCUAUUGAUAUAUUUGCCAUCGGGUUUGAGGAGAUGGUGGAAUUGAAUGCAGGAAACAUUGUCAAUGCCAGCACAACCAACCAGAAGCUGUGGGCCGUGGAGCUUCAGAAGACCAUCUCCAGGGACAAUAAAUAUGUCCUCUUAGCCUCGGAGCAGCUGGUCGGCGUCUGCCUCUUCGUAUUCAUAAGACCCCAGCACGCCCCUUUCAUCAGAGAUGUUGCUGUAGACACAGUGAAGACCGGUAUGGGGGGAGCCACGGGAAACAAAGGUGCGGUGGCCAUCAGAAUGUUGUUCCACACCACCAGCCUCUGCUUCGUCUGCAGUCACUUUGCAGCUGGGCAGUCCCAAGUAAAAGAGAGAAAUGAGGAUUAUCAUGAAAUUGCCCGCAAGCUUAGCUUCCCAAUGGGGAGAAUGUUAUUUUCACAUGACUAUGUCUUCUGGUGCGGAGAUUUUAACUAUCGCAUUGACAUGGCUAAUGAAGAGGUCAAGGAGCUGAUCCGGAAUCAGAGCUGGGAUUCUCUCAUUGUUGGAGAUCAGCUGAUUAACCAAAAGAAUGGCGGACAGGUAUUCCGUGGUUUCUUAGAAGGAAAAGUUAAUUUUGCACCCACCUAUAAAUAUGACUUAUUCUCUGAUGAUUAUGACACAAGUGAAAAGUGUCGGACCCCUGCAUGGACAGAUCGUAUUCUCUGGAAGAGAAGAAAAUGGCCUUUUGACAGAUCAGCUGAAGAUUUAGACCUCCUAAACUCAAGUAUACAAGAAAGGAGGAACAUUCCUUAUACCUGGAAUCCAGGUACAUUGUUGCACUAUGGCAGAGCAGAGUUGAAAACCUCUGAUCACCGGCCUGUUGUUGCACUGAUGGAUAUAGAUAUAUUUGAAACUGAAGCAGAAGAGAGACAGAAGAUCUAUAAGGAGGUUAUUGCAGCCCAGGGGCCUCCUGACGGGACAGUCAUGGUCUCCAUACAAAGCACAUCCUCGCAAGAUAAUUAUUUUGACGAUAACCUAAUUGAUGAAUUGCUGCAGCAGUUUGCCGGCUACGGAGAGGUCAUACUUAUAAGGUUUGUCGAGGAUAAAAUGUGGGUUACAUUCCUUGAGGGCAGUUCUGCUCUUGAUGCUCUAAGCCUUAAUGGUGUUGAGGUAUUGGGGAAGACGAUGAGUAUUCAGCUGAAGAACCCGGACUGGGUAGCUGAGGUGGAGGAGGAGCUGAGUUUGGAGAGGAUAACCAUAUCGAUGCCUUGUUCUACAAGCUCCACACUGCUGGGAGAAGACGCGGAGGUCGCUGCUGACUUCGAUAUGGAAGGUGACGUGGAUGACUAUAGCGCAGAGGUAGAGGAGAUUCUUCCUCAGCAUUUGCAGCCAUCAUCAUCCUCCACUAUGGGGUCAUCCCCGAGCUCUUCUCCUCGUUCAAGUCCUUGCCCGUCGCCUACCAUGCCAGAGGGACCCCCUCCUGCUCUGCCUGUACGUCCAAGCCGGGCACCUGCAAAGACUCCGGGACCCCCAGUUACCUCUUCACAAGGUUCUCCGGUAGACUUCCAGCCGGUAGUUCUAAAGGAGGCGCAAUCUUUGUCUCUGGAACCUAAAAGGGCACCACCACCAAGACCUGGCGCCCCACCGCCACGCCCUGCACCCCCGCAGCGUCCGCCUCCUCCCUCAGGUGCUAGAAGCCCUGCUCCAGCUAGGAAAGAGAUGGGAGGUGCGGUUGCUCCUCCCAGCCCAGGGGUAGCUCACAGAGACGCAGAAGUUCGUGGACAACCUCCUCCCCUGUCUGGAGCACCAGCGACCGCUCCCUGUGCUACAUUGAGGCCGAUAAUACCUCCUCGUGCUGGGGUUAUUAGUGUCCCUCAAAGCCGAUAUUCCCAGCCCAGACCAAAUACUGAGGCAUCGGUGAAAGCUGCUGAGCCUGCCAAAGCAGUCCCUUCUCUUCCUGAGCCCUUGAAACCCCAACUUGCCACCCCCCUCCAGCCCAGUCCGACUUCUCAGCCUCCCUGCCAAAAACUGCCAGAGCCCAUGUUACCUACAGCGAUGCAUCCUCCUUCCCAAACACCCCCGAUGCAAAGCCUAGACCCUCCUCCGCAACCGCCUCCGCGUAGCCGCUCCUCCCAGAACCUGCCUUCAGAGCAAGCUCCCUCUCAACAGAACCAACUUAAUGAAGUCGGUGGCAUUAAAAGUCAAUUUAACAAUGAUCCGUUUGUGGACUUGGCAUUUGAUCAACCAGUGCCCAUUCACAUACCACCGCCAUCCUCCUCGUCAUCAGCAUCAACCCCAAUGGAGCCAAUACUGUUGCCUUCUUCAUCGGCAGAUAACCUUCAUCUCCUGAACAAUAUGAAUUGCAUGGCCCUCGCUGCUCCUCCUCCGAUCCCGGCCCGUGCUGGAUCUCGGGACAGUCUGAGAAUAUCACCCAACCCGUUUCUCAAUAGAACCAACACCGUGCACACAGCAAACCCCUUCACGGAAAGAUCAGCAGAGGCUGCAAACCCAUUCAAGACCCAGACCCUUGCACCUACCCCUACGCCAUUUUUACAGACCAGUGUAUUCGAACAAUCUCAUUCUGUUAGCCAACCCGAGUUACUGCAGAGAAGGCCAAUGUUUACUGUGGGUCCAGCUGAGAAAAGUCUCUCGCUGCCUCACAAAUUUUCCACCAUGCCAAGCCCAAAUCCCACAGGUUGGGUAACUUUUGAGGAAACCAACUUUAAUGCUAAAGCCAACAGGUCCUCGCCCACCAAUGGAGUGGACCUUGAUGGACUCUCCUUACCGAACCCUUCUCAACAGUCUGGAUUCGACAGCAACUGGAACACUCUCCCAGCCGGAUCUUCACUUGCUUUGCCUUUAAGGAAGCCGCCACCCCCGCCGCGCGUCUCGUCAAGGACAAAAGCUGACCUGUGGGCAAACUCCGCACAAAGUUUUGAUUUUGCAGACCGGUAACAAGGACGAUAUUACUGACUUUCUCUGGUGUGCAAUAAGUUUACCCAAUCAAGGAGUGACAUGGGCUACUGAACGGAAAUUCACAUAACCACUAUUUAAUGCGUCUUUUUAUUUUCUCUGUAUAUUUGGGAAACAUUUCAAUGUGAUUUUUCUUUAAUUUUUUAUGGAUUACGUUAAUUGUUGCAUGCUCUGUACAAAGCCAUUUAAAGGGAACCUUUUACCUGCACAGAACCCCCCUUUAUAUUUGGGCAUGCUGCCCUUGUAAACUUAAACCUAGAGUGUGCGGGGGCCAAUUGAAAAUUCUUUCAACUCUUGCAUGGCCCCCCCCUUUGCUCUGCUCUACGUAAAGUGGAGCAGAUACUCUUUAUUCUGCUAUUUGUACUGUUAAAGGGUACUCCGGAGGGAAAAAAAAUGUUUCAAAUCAACUGAUCCCAGAAAGUUAUACAGAUUUGUAAA